AACCGCGGGACCCACUCAGCGCAGUCACCAGGGGGCAGACACCAUGGAAACGGUCCUGGAGCAGUUGGCGGGGCUCGAGUCCUUCCCUUCCCCGUACUUUGAUGAGGACGAUUUCUUCACCGAUCAUUCCUCUAGGGACGCCCUGGACGCAGACGACUUUUUGGAAGACGAUGUAGACUUCUUGGCCGGUCAGAUCCAAGACUAUUACAGAGACAGCCGAGUGCUACACACAGAUGACGAUUACUGCGACGCCGGCAACUUCUCCUUCUCAUCCUCCUCGUCCGGCGGCUUCCCCUAUGAAUGCGGGGACGGAGGCUGCGAUUUGUCGCCCGGGAUGAAAGGAGGGAGUCUGGUCAUGAAGCGGAGGAGGCGGCUGAGGUCGGACGCGGAGAUGCAGCAGCUCAGGCAGGCGGCGAAUGUCCGGGAGCGGCGCAGGAUGCAGUCUAUUAAUGACGCCUUCGAGGGGCUCCGGUCGCACAUCCCGACUCUGCCCUAUGAGAAGCGACUGUCCAAGGUAGACACCCUGCGACUGGCCAUUGGCUACAUUAACUUCCUCAGCGAGAUGGUACAGUCCGAUCUGCCGCUCAGGAACCCCAACAGCGACUCUGGGAACCAACCCAAGAAAGUCAUCAUCUGCCACCGGGGCACAAGAUCCCCAUCCCCGAGUGACCCAGACUACGGGCUGCCUCCCCUUGCGGGACAUUCUCUCUCAUGGACUGAUGAGAAGCAACUGAGAGACCAAAACGUUGUCAGAACGGCCAAAGUGUGGACUCCUGAGGAUCCCAGGAAAUUAAACAAAUCCCCAUUCAGCAACAUCGAAAACGAACCCCCUCUGACUUUGUGCCUUGAUAUGUGACUGUGUUUGGGUCGGACUCCUUUGGUUCCACUCGGUACCGAUCUGUAUAUAUAUAUAUGUACAUAAGACUUAAUUUAUACACCCGCUCUUUAUCAUUCCAAUGGCAAUCACCACUUUUGUAUUUAUAUAUUUAUUACCGAUUUGAUUAAUUGUAAUUG